UACUUCAAUUUUUUAUUUUUUUAAACCUACUGCCCAGUGCUCAGUGCUCACAGAAUAUAAUUUUUUUUUAAGUAUUUUGAAAAAUUAUUAGUUAAAAUAUUUGAACGUAGUGAAAAGUUAAAACACCAAACAAUAUUUCCAUAUCUAUGCAUUAAAAUUCAGCUGUUCUUUGGUAAAAUUAAAGCUUCAUAGAUCUAAAAUUUCAAUUUUUUUAAGGAAACAAUGUCGUUUCUAAGUAAAUGCUUAAGAUUUAGCAUUCCGCUUAAAAACAGAAUCCAAAGUGUACCUAAUUGGGCUACUGCUAAGUACAGCGUAUAUCCUCCACAUUACGGAAACCCUAUUUACAAGAAAGAAGAACUAAAUAAAUUGUAUGAGAAUGGAGAGAUUGAAAAAUUAAAGUUAAUUCCAGUUAAAGCAGCCAAAAGUAAUGAAUCUUGUUCGGAGUUUCAUGAUCCUGUUGUUGCAAAAUUUAUUAACUAUAUGAUGCACAAGGGACAAAAAAAAUUAGCUAGACAAGUCCUUGAAAAAACAUUUGAAAAAAUAAAAAGAAUACAGCUAGAAAAAUAUAAUAGAGAAACGGAUAUUGAGAAAAAAUAUCAAAUAACCAUUGAUCCUGUUAUAAUAUUGAAGAAGGCAAUUGCUAAUUGUAAACCAUUACUAAAAUUGACUCCAGUAAAACGAGGAGGUUCAUAUUACCAGGUUCCAGUACCAAUAACGGAUAAAGAGUCGACCUUUUUUGCCAUGAGGUGGUUUGUACAUUGUGGACGAGAAAAAGAUAAGAGUAUAAGUUUUGCCGAUUUUAUGGCUACCGAAUUUAUCAAUGCUUCAAAUAACGAAGGACGCGUGUGGAAGAAAAAAUUAGAUUUGCAUAAACAAUGUGAAGCCAACAGAGCGUAUGCACACUACCGUUGGAGUUAAUUAGCCUACAAUAACUGUAAAAAUAAAUUUAAUCUAUUAAAUAAAUGAUUUCGUCAGUAAUAUAAUAAUAA